AUGUUUUUAAAAAUUUUAAUUUUGCUUUUAAUUAUAAACAAUAUUAUUGCUGAAGAUUCUAAUAGCGAAGACAGUAGCAAUGAAAAUUCUAAUAAUAAGUUAAGUGAUGAGUUUUCCGACUCUGUUGAUGUUCGAGAGCAAAAUCUUCAAGACCCGCAAUUUAUUAAAGAAGAUGAUACAGAUGCAUUGCCUCCGUUAAAUAACGAAGAGAAUAAUCGCAUUAAUGAAUACACAACAGAAAAAAUUAAGGAAGAUGAGGAAGAUCAACUAAAUAAUGAAGGAUCCGGUAUAGAAGAUGAAUUUCCUGCGGAAGAUAAUUAUGGAAAUGGAUUGGAUAUUAAUACAACUGCAAAAUAUGCUAAUGAUGAAGAUGAUAAUGAUAACAAUGAAAGUGAUGGUCAAGGAUGCGUGUAUGAGGUUCGAUUUCUUAACGAAAAAUCCCCUCGCUCUAAAUAUCCGGAUCUGAAAGCCUUCUAAAGUUUGCUUGUUUAUCAAGUCUACCAUCGCACCCUUGGUUAUCAUUUU